AGUAAAGUUUUGACGGAAAAAAAGAGGAUUAUUUUUUUAAAAUGAAUUAAGGGCACCCUGAUGCGCUAAGCUCCCAUUAUACACCGGGUUCAAAAAAAAAUCUAGCUACAAAAAUCUAUACAUGACAACAAUUUUGUAAGUUAUCCUAAAAUUUUCAUUCAGGUCAUUUUUUUUAAAAAUAAAUUUAUGUUAUACAUAAUCUUACCUUACAAUCGUGUGGUAGACUGUUGCAGGCUUAACCUGUAUAUUACUGUCUUAUAAAAGCCUUUUCUGUUCCGGGUUUUUAAUUUAGUACUACUUAUUUAUUUAUAUUUCCUCUUGUGCGUUCAAAACCACACACUUCCAUUGUGGUAUAGACGUCGCCUUGCGCACCUCAGUUUGAUUGCAGAGAGAACAAUUCCCAUGGCUUCCACUACUACCUCACUCACACUGCGCUCUCUCUCACCCCCUUCUCUGCUAAAUGCAAACACAACUCCUCCUGCAAAGCAGACGCCGAUGGCUCUUCCGGGGCGGAGGCAAUUGAUCUCUCUAGUAACGGCGACAACGGUAGUAAAAGCACUGGAAAUGCCGUCAAAGGCUGCGGACAUUGGCCUGUUUGGAUUGCGAAAGAAGCUUAAGAAAGUAGAGGAGGAGGCAGAAGAAUUAGUGAAGGAAGGAUUCGAGGCAGCAGAUAAAGGUAUCGUAGCAGCAGAGAAGGGAAUCGUAGCAGCAGAGAAGGGAAUUGAAGCGGCGGAGAAAGGAUUGGUGAAUGCUGAGAAGGGAAUAGAAGCAGCGGAGGAGAAGAUCGAGAGUACCGUGAGUUUUGGUGGGUUGGCGCAAGCUGGAGCUGUGGCUGGAGCUGAAUUAGUUGGAGUUUUGGUUGCUGGAGCUGUUGUUAAUGGUAUUUUAGGACCUGAAGCUCAAAAAUCUUGAAGCUUUUCAUGCAAUUUCUUUAUGUAAUGUUGUUUGCAAAUUAAAUUUGAUAUGUGUUUAGCUAAAUUCGAAGUAUGGCAUUUCUAAUAGAGGAACAAUUACUCCUGUUAUAUAUUAUGUCUUGAUGAAUCUAUAUGUUGAUAAAAUUAAUGGUACUAGAGUUCUUGAA